AGUGUGUAAUGUAAACUCGUACUGUUGAUGCAGAAUAGAAAGUUUAAAAAUAAAAGAAGAUGAAUGUAGUUGCCUUACGUCAUGAAAUUUUAAAUUAUUUUCUACUUUAUCAUUUUACAAGGCAAAAUGGAAUUGCAGCGCCUAGCCAAAGAUGCUAUGUAAUGCUGAUUUUCAUUACGUUUGCGUGCGCGCUGAGUGUCAGAUGUGUUUUGUUUGUUUCGUGAGUGGUUGUGGUAAUUUCUGAUGUGGCAUCAAUUCAAUAUUCAGCAGCUGAUCGAAUGAUUGUGGCAAAAAGAUGACUACUGAAGAAAAGUUUAAUGCAGCUGUUAAUGUAAUAAGGAAUCUACCGAAGAAUGGCUCGUACCAGCCGGCCCAUGACCUGCAGCUGCGCUUCUACGCGUACUACAAGCAGGCGACGGAGGGCCCGUGCGUGGCGCCACGCCCCGGCUUCUGGGAGGUCAUCAAGAAGGUCAAGUGGGAGGCUUGGAACCGCCUGGGCAACAUGUCCCGCGAGGAGGCCAUGAACAACUACGUGGAGGAGCUCAAGAAGAUAGUGGAGACCAUGUCGUACACGGACAACGUGGCGGACUUCCUGGGCAGCCUGGGCUCGUUCUACGACCACGUGCCCAUGCAGGACCUGGAGCUGCUGAUCGGCAACGUGAUAGAGCGCGUGCGCUCGCAGCCCGGCUCGCCCGUCUGCUCCCGGGACACGUCGCCGGUGCGCCGGGCCUUCUCCAGCCUGGACGUCAGCCCCGCCAGCAGCUACUCCGCCUCGCCCCUGCCCCCCGCCCCGGGGCCGGACGAGGAGGACGAGGAGGACGAGGAGUUCAUCGACACCGUCGAGGCGGAGCCGGAGCGCCUGAGGAAGGACAGCACGGGGAAGAGGGCCGUGCAGCACGCCCACACGAACGGCGUGGCGGCCGCGCCGAGGGAGCGCGAGGCCCACAAGCCGCCGGCCCUGGUGAGCGGCCGUGCCGAGCCGGAGGACCAGGAGCGGGGCCGGCCGCGACACGCGUCCCCCUCGCGUGCAGGCGGCAGGGUCCCCGGGCAGGACGCACCGUCGCUGAGCCCGGGCAUCUCGGAGAAGAUCCGCGACACGGUGCUGCACCUGCAGAGGGACCUGGACCGCGUCACUGCGCGCGUGCGCAGCCUGGAGGUGUCCGCGCUGAGCGGGCCGAGCCUCGCGCCCGCGCAGUCAUUGCAGCAUGGAAGAGUCGGGCAGCCAGCAGGACUGUGUGUGCCGCAGAGACGGCAGCCCGGCUGGUGGCCGCUGGCGGAGCUGUCCGUGCCGACGGCGGUGUUCGUGCUCGGCUGGCCGCUGGCGCUGCACCUGCUGGCGACGUGGCUGGCGCGGCGGCGACGCCAGCCGUGACGUGCCCUUAGCUCGGGCCCCAGCAGCGACAUCACACGCCCCCGCAUGUACUCACAACUAUCACCAGGGCUCUCUGGUCACACAUUCCUUUUUUAUAUAUCCGCCAUAUUUUAUACCUGUUUCUUGAGGUGACGAUUAUAUGUACUUUUAUUGGGUUUAUUUGAUAGUGGCAGCUGUUGAUUAAAUUGUCACUAGUGUGUAUAUCGAACAGUUUUUUAUAAUAAAAAAAAAAUUCUCAA